AUGGCGUCACCAUUUGAAAUUAGUAAACCGCACCCCAACGAAACAUCGCUCCUGGAUGUCAGUAAUGAGCUGCUAUUUACCUUCAACUAUGUAGCCGUCGUCUUGUCCGAAACGCUGAGCGUCCUCGGCGUCAUUCUCAACAUCAUGAACGCCAUGGUUUUCCUCAAGAUGGGUCUCAACGACAGCACCAGCAUCUCGCUGUUCAGUCUGUCUCUGGCUGACGUCGGCCUGCUUCUGAUGAUGGCAGCCUACGGGGUCCUGUUCCACCCUUGGAUGCUGGAGACAGUGGACGCCGAUCUGAUUGACGCCGUCAACUACAUCGCUUUGGGCUGGCCACACGUCUGCUUCUCUAGAAUCUCCGGCUGCCUUACAGCCUUCAUCGCGCUGGAGAGAUUCAUCUGCAUCGUGCUGCCGCUGCGCGUGAAAUCGCUCGUCACCCCGAGGAGAACGCUUCUCGCCUGCGGUGGUAUCUUCGCCUCUCUCAUCGCUGGGACCACGCCGGCGUUCUUCAGCUAUAGCAUCGGAGAACGCUUCAGCCAGCUCCACAACAAGACCACUGUCGGACUGAUCCCUUCCCAACACAGCUAUGUCCUGGAAAACAUUUCUUUGAGCGUUAACAUUCUUGCUCAGAUGACCUCCUUCACUCUGGUCACUAGUCUCACCAUAGCAACCGUUCAGACGUUUCUGGAAAAAAGCGAAUGGAGGAAAUCCAUAUCCACAUCGGCCAAGAACUUCAAUAUAUCGUCCAGAGAUCGCAAACUGGUCAAGAUGGGUGUUGGGCUUGGGGCUACAAUAGAGUGA